GCGAGAACUUCGUGAGAAGGAGCUGCUGUCCAUGCUUGAAACUGAAGUUUUCUUCGAUCAGUCGGUUCCCGUACACAGAGACGAAAGUGAUUCCAUCCCGUAUCGAAAACCCGUUGUGCGAGGUUCCCUGGAAGUAGCGAGCUCUGGUGGAUGGAAGCUAAAGCAAUACCUAGACGGUAUUAGGCUCCCGGAACUAGAUGUCGUGGACCAUCGGCUACAAGAGCGUCAUUUCCCAAGUCUCCGUGGAGUUGGACUCCAACGGGUAUCGCGAGAAAGAAUUGAGAACAUGCGCAGUAAUGCCAAUCGACGUCAGUACGGCAUGGGUGUCGUCGGUCGAUUAUUAGGUCGACGAAUGAAGGCGUCAUCUACAAGGAGUGCUAAAGUUAAGGAGCAGCUGGACGACAUGGACGAUUACCGGCCUUAUUUCACCUACUGGAUCACUUUCACGCAAAUCCUCAUCAUGAUCAUUUCUUUGUUCAGUUAUGGAUUCGGCCCUUUCGGUUUCAGCAUUGUUGAGCAGCGAGCAUUGGUGACAGUUCCCAGUUUGGUGAAGCAAGCUGUAGAUUAUUGGGAGCCGGCAAAUUUUUGGCUUGGACCUCGAGCAGCGGAUUUGAUACACCUUGGAGCAAAGUUCGGACCAUGCAUGCGACGUGAUGCCAAAAUUUUGGAGCAAAUCCGCCUGCAAAAUGCGUUUGAGCGAGAAACGGGUUGUUGCAUCAGGAAUGAUCAUUCCGGCUGCGUUCAGACAUCUCGGAAAGAAUGUUCGUCAACUCUGUCAACAUGGAAACGUUGGUCUCUGCAAGAUCCUGGUCCUGAUAAUCGGAUCUCUGGAAGUGUUUGUGGAUUGGACCCUGCAUAUUGCAAGGAGCCUGCGUCAGUUUUGCCGUACGUUUGGCCAGAUGAUGUGACCAAGUGGCCGAUUUGCACAGACGAUCCGGUAGAUCGCCGAACGUUUUUCCAUCAAGGAGAAACUGAUUUCCGCGAUAGUUUUUCCACCUCUUUGGCUGUGGUGGCUCGUGAAUUGAAAGCCGCGGAUCACGUGACGUGCGAAAUCAUUGGCAGACCGUGUUGCAUCGGAAUCCACGGAGACUGUCGCAUCACAACUUUCGAAUAUUGUCAGUUUGUCAACGGAUAUUUUCACAAGAACGCCUUCUUGUGUUCUCAGGUGUCUUGUUUGGACAGCGUGUGUGGAAUGCUUCCUUUCUACAAUCCCGAGAAACCAGACCAGUUCUACAGAGUUUUCACGUCUUUGUUCCUCCACGCGGGUCUCAUACAUUUGGGCAUCACCGUUUUGGUACAGUGGUACGUGAUGCGGGAUUUGGAGAAGAUGGCGGGUCCUUUGAGGAUUGGCAUAAUUUACUUCACCGCUGGGAUCGGAGGCAAUUUGGCGUCUGCAAUUUUCAUCCCGUAUCGUGCUGAUGUUUGGGUUAUAAAGAAAGGAAGA